AUGUCCACCGAAAAAGUCUGGAAUCAAGAUGAAAUUCUCAAGCUUAUAGAUUUAGUACAGCAGAGUGAGAAUAUUUGGAAUCCAGCUCACAACCUAUACAAAAAUCGGAUCCGAAGGACGGAUUCAAUAAAUGAAAUUGCUAAGAUCUUAGGUGUUUCGCAGCAAGAAGUCGACAAAAAAUGGAAGACGGUACAGUCCCAGUUUCGUAGGGAACAACAUAAAGUAAAAACUAAAAAAUCUGGAGCUGGAACUGAGGAUAGUUAUACAAGUGCGUGGUAUUUGUAUAGGCCAUUAAGUUUUUUGUCGGAUAGAAACAAACCUAAAAAUACUAGAGACACUUAUGAAGCACAGGUAAUAACAACUUUAUUUAAAUAA